AUGAAACGAACUAGCAGUGGCCAGCCUAUAAUAAUGAUGCAUCGAUGGAACCGAGUACCCUCAUCAUGCCAGGCUUGCCGCGAGAAGAAACGCCGCUGUGAUCGCACCCAGCCAUGUUCGAAUUGUAUGCAGAGGAGUAUCUCAUGCGAAUACCCUGGGCAGAACUCCGAGAGUCCGGCACAAGAUGACCAUCAAGCACUAGGAAUGGUCGACUCAAGCCAAAUGACACCUGCCCAAUCUCAUGCCCCGGAUACUGUGAAAACAUCUCAAAACAAGGAUCUUUUGGACCGGAUAAGUCGGCUAGAAGAGACUGUGUAUGAGAGAUCAACUGCACUUCAAGAUUUGAGUCGGGGAACGACAACAACGCUAAGAUCUCCUGCAAACACACCAUCCAUGCCAAAGCUAUUUACACCUUUUGCAUCGCAUCAUCAGUCGGUGCCAAAUCAUCAACCAGGCGGCCCUAGAGAAGAGGCCGACAUGACUGAAGUGAUUAAACAGCUUCCUCCGAUAGGACAAGCCAGGCAUAUGUUUGAUCAUUUUGUUAAAACUCUACAACCGACCUUUGGAAUCCUACAUAUACCCUCUACGCGAUCAAUGAUGGAAGAGACCUACCAUGGCAUGCUCGAUGGAGAACAACCCACACCCACCAACCUAAUGCUGCUAUUCAGCGUCUUCUCUGGUGCAGCUCUGGUCUGGUCAGCCAGACUUCUGGAACAAUUGAAUGCCACUCAAGAUGAAGCCAGAUCAGCCUUUAACAAUUACUGCCAGCUGGCUAUCUCAAUUCUGGAACAUCCACUUGAGCCAGUGCAGCCAUCGACCACUGCCAUCGUGGCCAUAGCUACUCUCGCUCACUUAUUGGCCAAUACCGUGGGGUACUCAGUGAAGAUUGGCCUGCUGCAAACCCGGUGCUUCCUGAUGACCCAAGCGCUGCGUAUACACCGCUUAGACACUUCACAAGCCCAGGAGGAGAGAAGGGUCAAAGGGUGCGACAUGAUCGACGUUGAAGUUCAAAGACGAUUCUGGUGGAACAUGGUGGCAUCUGACUGGCUUUCUUCCUUCUCCGGACGAGCAAAUGAAGGCACAUAUAUGUUCCAACCAAGACAUAUGAAAGUCAAUUAUCCGAGCAACAUCGAUGAUGAGCUAAUCACAGCCACGGGAAUCCAACAAGAUUUCCCAUCAUCAGUCCCGACAGCAAUGUCAGGCCCUCUCCAGCGCAUAAAGCUGGCGACGCUCUGCCGCGAAGUGGUUGAUGCGGUACCCUCGAUUCUGCUAGAUACCCAAGAACCCGAAUAUGAGGUAAUACUCGCACUGGACAAGAAGUGUCGUGAUUGCUUCGAAGACAUGCCAGACUUCUAUCGCUUGAGCCCCGAAAGCAUUCAAAGGAGUGAAAACAUCUGCAAAGAGCGACCGUAUAUCAGAUGGCAGCGAAUCAACUUUCACUUCAGCGUUCAUACACGGCUAUGCCGAUUACAUCGACGCUAUCAUCUCGAAGGCGUGACGAACCCCAAAUAUGCCUAUUCUCACAGUGCAUGCAUUCGAUCAGCCCAGGCAGUCUUGGAACUGAGACGGGCCAUGGACGACAUCGACCCCGAAGCAGGAGGCUAUCCUGCGCGCUUCUGGCGAGUCGCCCAGCACGUCUUUCUCGCAGCGCUUAUACUAGCAACGGAUGUCUCAUUCAACCCCAACGCGCCAGACGCCGAAGCUCGCAAGGCUAAGGUCCUUGCAGCCUACAAGACCCUAGAGAGAUCAAAAGAAGAGUCCGGCUCACUGAUAGAAGGCGUGCAGAGAAACAUGCAGACUCUCAUGUCCACGCUUCAGAAACAACAGCCACGAAUACCCACGUCGCAGCCUAAAUAUCUAACAGGGAUCAAGAAGCCAUCUGUGGCGGCUCGUGAAACAGGGCUGAGCAGCACCCUGCCUAGUGGGCCCAGCGAGGUAUUGACGACCAAUGAAGCUGACCAAAGCUUGCAGUUGCAGUCUGGAUGCACAUCAAGUGGAGGCUUAACGGAUGACAUUGGAGGGGAAGGCUGGCAGCAGCUCUGGUCUGACUUUGUGGCUGUUGCGCCAGAUCUAGACGUCCCACAGUGGAACUCCUUGUUGGACGAUAUCGAUUUUGGCUCAGGCUGGCUGGACGGCUCUGUCUAA